GCAAGAGCUCCAAGAGCUCCAGCGGCUCCUCUUGCCUGGCACCGGGCAGACGGGGGAGUCCUGCGAGGAUUCUGCCCCUGCAUCGAACCAGAGCCGCCCCGAGUUCCUACAGCCCGGGCUCGAGUUGCCUGCCGUUGCAAACUGGCAGCUGGGGCCAGUGAAGGAGCAUGUGUCCUCGGCAGGUGGGCAGGAGUCGCCCCAGAGCCCCGCGAGCCCUUCAUCCUCCUCGCGAUCCCUCAAAGAGCGCCGGGGGCUCCGGCUCUCAGUGGACACCACCAGCGGGAAGAAGCGGUCGCCCGUGCCGCCAACAUCGACAAAGCAGGACGAGGCACCCGUGGAGCCCCAGCAG